UGCAAAAACUGUUAUCUCCGUUGCAUCCGAUAGCAACUUUAAUUGGCCUGGAAUAAGUUACGUGCCCGCGCAUUUGUGUGUGUAUGUGUGUUUGGUGAGCGUUGGUUUAACGGAUAACGGAGGGAGCAAAAGAAGCAAGGAUAUCACGGGCAAGGAUCCUGUGCAGCGUCGUCGUCAUCGUCGUCGUGUCGUGUGUUCGGGAAGUAUCGAUAAAAUAAAAUCCUCUCGGGGGUGCGCCGGUGUUGGACUACGUUGGCCAACACGGUCCACACUUGUGUUUGCUUGUGUGGCGCGCUGUUUUCCGUUUCCGUGAAUUGCAUCCUCACAGGCCGUGCAUUCGUUUUGUGAAUAGUGUACCACUUUGUACAAGCAAAUACCGUUCGUAAACUGCCGUAAGAUUUCCCCGCCGGAAGCAGCAAGCAAAGAAGGGCAACGAGUAAGUGUACGCGAGGUGCGCGCGAAAACGCCAGAUGGUGCUCGGAAGCGGGCCUCUUCGUCUAUUUCGUUGAGGUAGUGGAGGAGACGACGGUGGGAAAGUAAUCAUCGCCGGAAAAGAGAAUUACGCCAGAUCCGGAGGAAGAACCGAGAGGUUGUGGUGGUAUAGGAUUCGGUGCCGUCUAGCGUCUCUCGCGGGUUAACUCUGCCUUGAAUGAAGUGCAGGGAACGGCGGAAAAGCCGUUGCCAACGAGCGCCCCGAGCAAGACGCAGGCGAAGAGAAGGAGCGACGAAGCGGACGACGACAACAUGAGCGCCAACGGUGCGAACGGUGGUAGUGGUCCAGCGCCACCGGCCAACAUGAACCACCACACCACCGUGAACAACAAUAACAACAACCAUGCCAACAGCCGACACCAGAAGCUAGAGCAGCAGCGCCAGCUAAUGGAGGCCUACAUACGCCAGAAACGUGCGACGCCCGGUAUGGUGCAAGCAAGCGAUCUCCAGCUCGUCCGGCCCAUGUCGGCCGUCAAUCGGAAUGGUCGCGAGGUGCACGCGUACGAUGGGCCGAUGCAGUUCAUGAUGUCACCCACCAAUCCGGAUCAGAUCAUCACCACCACACCGGUCAUACCGGUGUCGGGGGCCACUGGAACGACCGGGCCUAAUAUUAGCUCCAAAUCCCACACGACGACAACACCAACAUCCCCGUACAGUGAUUCCACGUUGGACAAGCUAACACCGUCGUCACAGGACAGCGAGGACGAGGAGAGCACCCCGGUCGAUGUGUUACCACUGCCGUCCAGCACGAAAGGUCCCCAUGGUGGUGGUGGUGGUGGUACGGCCGCGUCCUUACUUUACGAUCGAUCCGGUCAGGCCGACCAGCUGCUCUCCCACUCGGCACCGAUUUCGCCCGCGCUCAACAACAACAAUAAUCACCAUCACCGCAACAGUAGCAGCAGCGGGAACGUAAAGGGCACGGAGGAACCCGGCUCGCCACCGAGUGGCGGUGGUGGCGGUGCGCCCGACACCGAGGGUGAUGUUAUCGGGCCGAUCGAACAGUGGGUCACGCAACCGGCCGCCCAGGGCGUGCUGUACAAGUGUCGAAUAACACGCGACCGCAAGGGCAUGGACCGGGGUCUGUUUCCCAUCUACUAUCUGCAUCUCGAGCGUGACUACGGGAAGAAGCUGUUCUGUCUCGCCGGUCGCAAGCGGAAGAAGAGUAAAACCUCCAACUACAUCAUCAGCUGUGAUCCGACGGACCUGUCGCGGCAGGCCGACGGUUUCGUGGGGAAGCUGCGCUCGAACGUAUUCGGCACGACAUUCUUCGUGUACGAUAGUGGCACCAAAAACGAUAUCGACACGACACCCCGGCUCGAUCUAGCUGUCGUGAUCUAUGAUACGAACAUACUUGGCUUUAAGGGACCGCGAAACAUGACAGUGCUCCUACCCGGCAUGACGGAGGAUGAUCAGCGUGUGCAGAUUAGCUCGGUCGAUGGUCAACAGGGACUGCUGGACUGCUGGAAGUCGAAGAACAUGGACAAUGUCGUCGAGCUGCACAACAAGACGCCCAUCUGGAACGAUGAAACGCAAUCGUACGUGCUGAACUUUCACGGUCGCGUCACGCAGGCCUCGGUGAAAAACUUCCAGCUCGUGCACGACUCCGAUCCGGAGUACAUCGUGAUGCAGUUCGGGCGGACGGCUGACGACAUCUUCACCAUGGACUUCCGGUAUCCGCUGUGCGCGUUCCAGGCGUUCGCCAUUGCCCUCUCCAGCUUCGACGGUAAGCUUGCCUGCGAGUAGUGCGAGUGUUUUGCGCGAACGCGCCGUAAAGGAGAGGCGAACCAAAGUAAAUUACUGCCACGUCGAUCUUCUUCGUUCAAACACUCCCUUUACGCCAUUUUACGGUCACCACGGGGGAAGGCGGAAGGAAGGCAGUAGCAUUCGCUCGGUAUAAGUAGCAUAAUCGAAAAGUGUUAUACGACACACUGAAUGGCAUGAUGGGCUGACUCUCACCACGAGGUAGCUGUAAAUUAGGUUUUAUGCGUUGUUUGUGGGGAAGAAGAAACAAUAGUGAUGUGAGAGAGUGAAACCAUAUGUGCUUCGCUGCUGCGUCGGCAAUGGAAGGCUUUUGUAGGUUUAAGGCUGAGAAUGCUGGUGUUAUUUAUUGAAUGAGCAAAGUUUAAUUACGUGGACAAGACAGCACACCGUGUGACCAACGGUGCUAUCGAACAUUGAUCGAUGCGUACAGCAGCCGGCUAAUGAAGGUAUUUAUUAUUAAAGUUGGAGAAUUCUGACAAAAAAGGUUGGCGGUGGCAACAGUGGAUGGCGAGGGUAGAUGGACAACUUUCUGAUUGAUGAUGUACGCUCCAAAGGCUCUAAUGAAAACUUUCCACGAAUGAUUGACAAUAUGGCUCAACGGAGCAGAGAUGAUGCUCCCUUCGGAAGUAAGAAAGCGUCCCAUUCCCAUGACAACAGGGAUGUACUGUUCACAAAAUACUCAUCGCAGGUGCAGAAACCAAUCGAGCAAAACACCUGGCAACCAAUCGCGAGCCGAUUAUACAACAGGAGAGCAUUAAUGAAAUGGGCUCAGAUCGCACCUCAAUCAAAACAAGAUACAAGGUACCCUACUAGUAGCGCAUUGCGACACGUGGUGAACGAUAGUAGCGCAUAAAUGACGGAUAGAGGAUAGGCCAGUUACCAAUCAACGGAAAGCGAUAGAAGAUUGUUUGCACUAGCUAUUGAGACAAAAGUAUUGUACGCGUUUAGGUUUGAAGUGAAACACAAGUAAAAGGUUGUGUGCCGUAAUCAAAAUGAGGAGAGGAAAGGCGAAGUUGUACCUAAAAUAUUCAAAAGAAACUAGUGAAAAGGCGUAACGACUAGCGGCAAAAGUAACUAAUGAUUGGUUUUAGUUGCCUGUUGAUGCGACUUUUUGAAAGACUCUUCGACCGUCUGUUGAGGUGAAAUUUGGUAGCAAAACUUAAAAAUAAGUUUCAACCUUAGGGUGCUAGGGACAAAAUUAUUUAUAAUUGCUUCUCGUUGGACCCUUCUUGCGCAAGACCGUCGUCAACCGUUUCAACGGCUAGUGCUCUCUAUUUGGCCUAAAACAGAAGGUGCGAUAGUAACUAAGCUCAUCCGUGGUUAGAACUACAGCAAGCUUUUCUGCCUUAUCAACAUUAGACGUGAUUCAGCGCCCUUGAAAAAUCCACUGUGCGCUAGUGCGACGAUUUCGUUCUUUACAAAACCGCUUUUCCAUUAGAUUGAAGUUUUAAACGUGUAUGAGAUAGGAAGGUAAAUUAAAAAAAAAUACGAUAUUUCAAUUCAUAGUUGAUUUGCACGAUGUGUGUCAACUCAAUUGCACUAUAAAUAGGAGCCCAAAAUUGGCCGUACGCAGUCGGAUUCGAUUCGGAAUCGUUUCGUCUCUCAACCACACGAAGUGCCCAGCAAUGUAGUUAAUUUUAUACUGUUUGAUUAAAGGAACGGGCUUUGAUACUUUUACACGGAUAAAAUGGAGGCUCAAACCGCUCACAAUAGGUUGAUAUUAUAAGUUUGAACGUGCACAGGUGUGCUUGUGUGUGCCUGCGUGAGGUUUGCUAUAAAUUAGGAUUUCUCCAAUUUCGAUAUUGGCGCCGUAUGCUGUAGCUGCUAGUAUAUUAAGUUUUACCCGCCGUGACACUGCUUUGUGAUAAACAUGCUCACUAAACAUUAAACGCUUGCAAGGAGGAAGAGACAUGAUUAGAAAUGUUCUCAUGGAAGUUAAGAAAAAGAUUCCGUAUUGCAUUGAUUUCAGCACGAACGACGCGACAAGAUCCUUUGGCAAUCAUAGGUUUUGUGUUGCUGCUCAACCAACCAUCCAUUUCAUUCUGUUAAUUAAGUGACAAAAGAGAAAGAGGGAGAGAGAGUGUACGUGCUAGUGCCGGCUCGAUGUUUAGUAUGUAAUUUAACAUAAAAGAUGUCGGAUGUGCGGUUACGGGGAACGCCGGUGGUCGUGCAGAACAAGAGCCUAACUCUGUUUCCAUUGGUUGUCCAAGGAAUAAAGUAACAGUCCAUGUGGCUAGAAGCAAACAGGCAUGCAUCUGAACUCAACUACUCAACAAAACAUAAGUUAACAAGUCUAGUCAGUGGAAUUUGGAGAGAAAUCCCGGUGAAGGAAAAAAAGGGGCAUAGUAAAUGUAAGUACAUUAUUAGCGACCGCAAACGUGCGUCAGAAUCGACUAGGGGCGCAAGAAGUAUCAUACAACACUUAGGACUAACAAUUGACGAUGUAUUCAUGUAGGAGCUAACUAAGGAAAUGGUAAAAAAUCCACCCAGCUAAGAAGAGAAAGUUUGUUAAUACUCCAUUUCGGUGAAUGGAUGGUACUUUGAGAGCGCACGCUGGAUGAAGGCAGCCGUGUCGGUCUUUUAGAACGACAGCCGUUCCUCCUCAGAACGAGGAGAGGUAGAUUGUAAUUUGCGUGAAAUUUUUGCAGCGGUAAAUUAGGUUUUGAAAUAAAUUAGGAAUUCAAAGAAACUGGCUCUCCAGCGUGGAGUGGCGGGGCAUCGCGCCACUGGAACAGAGAUAAUAAAUGGUUUGGAAGGUGAAAACCGA